AUGUUCAUGUUCAAAGACCGUGAUCCAGGCUUCGUGGACGCUGAUGGCAAGCAACUACCUGCCUGUUACCUAAACCAAUGGUAUCCAGGUCAAGUAAGUUAUACACAUGUUAUACAUAAAAUAAGGUUACUAUAACUUAUCGAACUGACACCAUUGGAUAAAGAUACCCACUGUUAUGUUAAUAUACCCUUUUCAGUCGAUGAUCGAAGCUGUCCUUGUAAUCAUCGCCGUCAUCUGUAUCCCAAUCAUGUUGUUCGGAAAACCAAUUUACAUUCUCAUGAAACAGAAGAAGGCCAAGCAAGCCAUGUCCGACAACAUGGUAUGAUAUAUUACAAUAUAUUAACAUACUUUAUAGUUUGAUUACCUAGGUUUUUCACCAAGAUUGUAAAAUGAUCAGUUUUGUCAAUGUUAUGACAAAAUUUUGUUUUUUGUGACGAAAUGCCAAAUAAUCCAAGUUUAUAGGAUUUGGCGCCAAAAUUAACUUUCAAAUAGUUUUUUUGCUUUUAACAUUGCAGAGAUAGUAGAAUCUGAUAAGAAAUUAUAGUAUUAAUCACUUUUAAACUCAAAUAAGUAAAAAAUUUACAAUAAUAACUGACAUUACAGAGUGUCCGAAUCAAUAUGCAAUCGGACGAAACAGAAGUGAUAACAAAUGGAAAUGGCCUCAAGAAGGGCAAAGAAGAGGACCACAAGCCUCACGGCGGUGGGGAGCAUCACGAUGAAGCCUUCGGCGACAUCAUGGUGCACCAGGCCAUCCAUACUAUUGAGUACGUGCUCGGCUGUGUGUCUCACACUGCCUCGUAUCUCCGUUUGUGGGCGUUAUCACUCGCCCACGCCCAACUGUCAGAAGUGUUGUGGGACAUGGUGCUACGGAACGGGCUACAACAAGAAGGCUGGGCGGGUAUCGUGGCGACGUACCUGAUCUUCUUCGUGUUCGGAGUGCUGACCUUCUCCAUCUUGGUGUUGAUGGAAGGUCUGUCAGCCUUCCUCCACGCCCUUCGUCUCCAUUGGGUCGAGUUCCAGAGUAAGUUCUACGUUGGAGCUGGCUACGCGUUCACUCCCUUCAACUUCAAGAACGUCCUCGACCUGGCACGGGCUUCUGAUGCUGCUGCAUAG